CGUCACUACAAUGACCAGUUACAUUGUCGCUUGUGCCGCCUGUGCAGUGGGACGCUUCAUGAGAAACUCCAGUAAGAUUCAAAGGUGUUGUUAUGGAGACAGACAAUGUUGCAUCUCCUCCUAGCCCUCAGCUUCUGUUUCUGGGACAAAAGUCUACCAAACGCCUGCUGGAAGUAUAUGUGAAACGCACUCUCAGUCUAAAUGAUAACACCGCCAGGCCACAACGAGCCAAAAAUCGGAAAUGGGUAAUAGUGGACAGCAAAGGAAACCGCAUCAGAAAGGCGUCCAGUGACAGCUCAACAUAUCGUCUAUCACGUGAAAUAUCACAAUCUGAGCCAAAGGAACUGAACACAGACACAACCAACGACUCUAGCCAAACAAUAAUCAAGCCUCGGACUCGAAAAAUUGCCAAAAAGCCAUCUAUACUGAGGGGCUUUAUAAGCCUGUUUUCCAGGAAGAACCAUGAAGUCCAAAACAGUGCCACAGUGCCAGAUAGCCCUGUGUUCAGUGGGCCUGCGGAUGGCUGCUCUGCCACAGAUCCGUGCCCCCCUGAUAUACCCGGGACCGAGAGGGACGGAAACACACUGCGCCAUUCUAAAUCCAUCAAGAAGAGGCUUUCGCUGAAGAAGCUCUCCUUCCGUAGCCACCACGAUGCAGACAAAUCGGAUUCAGUCCGAAAGCAGAGCAGCCUGGCCCCUGCUGAUGUGGUUCGAGUGCCAGAUGCGAUUGUCUGUGUGGAGCCUGCCAGUGCAUACUUUGAGAAGGUGUCAGAGGAGUUGGAGCGCAUUGUGAAAGAGGUGAAAGAAAGCCCAAAUGAGGAGGAGCCGUAUUGUGCUGCUAUGCUAAAUGAUCCAAGGCCUGCUGAAGAAGCCUUGGACUCCACUGAGGACAUUAUUGAGAGAAUGGUCAAUCUACUAAAAGAGCACGGAGAUGAGAUCAACGAAAAGAUUAAGAGGAGCAGUAGUGUAAGCACCUUCUUCCAGAAGCUCAACUACAACAACUUCCAGCAACUAGCCGAUCGCUAUGUGGCUGCCAUCCCUGAUCCACUACCUCAGACGACCGAGGCUCCUCCACAGUUGGUGAAGCUGGCCUUCACCCUGGAUUUCACAGCCAAGGUGGCUGGACUGUCCAGCCAAGCCAUCGGCCGUGUCAUGGGUUUUGGGAACCAGUACAUACAGGACCGUUUUACCCAGAUGACAAGUGCCAACUGCCUGGGUCAGCAAUCUCAGAACAUGGGAGACCAAAGCCUGAUGGAUCAAGACUAGAGUCUGUGAGUGAAGAUGCCCUAUACCAUUCCAGUGCAAUGCUUAAGCCUUUGAAUAUUACCUGAUAUUCAGGUAUACAAUAAGUCUGAAGUUGCCAAAUAAUAUUGGUACGUCCUGAAAUGCUGUCAAACAGCAUUUGGAUAUUGCCUGAUAUUUAGGCAUGCAUUACGAAUGUGAAUUUGCCCAAUAGUGCAAUUGGUGUGUCCUCAAAUACUAUCUUUCACACUGUUGUGUUGAUGCUACCAACAACUUUAUUACUUGAUGUGCAACUGUUUGCGCCCUGGGGAAACCAUCCUAAGGAUUUCUUUGAAUAACCAUAUUGUGGUUAUCAAAUUAGCUUGAUGAUUUUAUUAUUUGAUGUGUAACUGUAUUUGCACCUUGGGAAAGCCAUUCUAAAGAUUGCUUUGAAUAACCGUAUAAUGUGGUUAUCAACUAGACAGAUAGAGAGGUUUUGACUAAUUAAGGGAUUAUUCCCUUGCCUUGUGUCCUCGUCAAAUUCCAUGGAACAUUUUCCUGUGUCUAUACAGUAUAUUUAAAAAUAUUGUUUUAUAUUUUUUUUGAACAGUGUGGAAAAUCUGGUCAUCAUGGGUUGACUACAUAAACACACAUUCUAUAACAUAGGAUGUUUUCAUACAACUCAUAUGAAACUUUCAUACUGGACUGUUCUUGUUUUUUAAAAAAUGUGAAAGUUAUAUACAGUAUGUAUAUAUGUUCUUGAACGCAUUAAGAUUACUGUUGAGUGCCCUCUCACAGGCCAUACAGUAUACGUAAGCAAUACCUCCAUUUGCCUUUUCUAUAUCACAGAGGCAUGGAAGCUGGAACGGACAUUCCCGUUGCCUUUCCACAAAAUGUGAACUUUUUCACUUCUCACUUUCAGCUCUGACUCAUACUUGAAAAGAAUCAUUUCAAGUACUGAAUCAUUUUAGAUACCUGAACCAGCUAAAUGUUCAGCAAUCAGCAUCUGAUGUGAUCAGAUGUCUGAUCUGAGUAAACUAAUUCACUCAUAGCUUUAAGAUCUAUAUCCUUCUCAGUGGAAACUUGAAAGCCAUAGGCUGUGGCCUGGUAUAAUCAAUCACUAGAAAUCCAAAGUGUGACAUGCCCAACCAUGAUCAGAUGAUUUUGACUUGAAAAAGUGAUGCAUAUAAUGAAGCAGUUCUGUCCUCAAGGGACAAUGAGGGGUUUGUUGACAUGAUGCAAAUCUAGUGUCAUAGGACUCAACCACCCUGCAUGUUCUCAAUGCAAUUUCACGCAUGGAUUUCACAAAUGGACUGGGUUACUGAAACUGUGACAUUCAAUGAUUCAUUUACUGUAAGAGCAAAACAUCUUUGUCUGACUUCCAAACUGUGCACAAGAUCAUGUUUAUGAUUUUUUGUCAUCCAGUUCCUUUUUAUACGUCUGUUUCAUUGUUGGCUUAACUGUGUUGUGUCAAUAUAAUAAACAGUAAUUUUCUAUAAAAUGUU